AUGAGCGGUGCCAUCGCGUCAACCACCACUUCCGCGUCGUUUUUUGCGACGACCACCAGAAAAGUUCACAGAUCGACGACCAGCAAACGAGGAUCAUCUUCGUGCGUCGUGUCGUCGUCGUCCGAAGAAUUUUCUCCGAUUGGAGAAAAAGACGACGACGACGUAAAUAACAAUAACAAUAACAAUAAUGUAUCAUCGAGUAGAAGAGCGGCGAUUGUGAGCGGGUUCUCGGCUGUGCUCGCAGUUUCUGCCUCUACUUCCCCUGCUGCUUUUGCCGCGGAUAAAGACGAGGAGAAGAAGAAGAAAGUCGUCGCAGUUCCGUACACUCCGUACGUCCCGCAAAGCGAAUCGAGCGAAGAGAUGUUGGAAGUGGCGAAGCAGUUGAAAGAUGCCGGAGCGCGAUUGUACGGUGCGUUUUGGUGCGAGAACUGCAACAAACAAAAAGAAACGUUAGGUAAAGAGGCGAUGGAGAUGAUAGAGUACGUGGAGUGCUUCCCGGAUGGGGUGUACCAAAAUGCACCAGACGGAAGAGCGGAUGUGACGAAACCGGCGGAGUUUUGCGGGCCGUACUCCGAAUCGUGGCCGAUGUGGGUUUUGCCGUCGCCGUCGACGCCAGAAACGCCGGAGAUUGGAGUGCAAGGUAAAGUUUUGAAAGCAAAGGAGUUGAAGAAGUUGGUGAAAGAGGCAGGCGGUGAGAAGGUUGACUUGGUGAAGUAUUUCACGACGCUCGAAGUCAAGUAA